UUCAGGUGGACCAGGACGACUCGUUAGAAGAACCAUCAUGGCACUCCAAUGGGUGAAGCCGUGGAUCGCUCUCGUCUUCGGACUAUCUGCUGCACAUUCUUGGACUGGUAUGAUUCCAGAUAUGACUUCCAUUGGGAGUCUAUAUGAUUCCAAACUGCAAAUCUUAUCAGCAGGAGUGAGUCCAGCUCAUAACGGGCAGGUUUGCAGCACAUGGGGUAACUACCACUACAAAACCUACGAUGGAGACUUCUUCCAGCUGCCCUACACCUGUAACUACGUGCUGUCGUCAUUGUGUAAGAGCAGCAGCGGCUACGAGGCCUUUAACAUUCAGCUGCAGCGCGGGGAGGUAGAUGGGCUGCCCACCAUCACCAAGGUUUCUUUGAAGCUGGAUGGAACCUUCGUGGAGCUGGCCAACGGUAACGUCAGCGUCAACGGAUUAAAGGUCACCAUACCAUUUGGUCAGUUUAACAUCUUCAUUGAGAGGACUGUUUCCUAUGUGAAGAUCACAGCCAAGCUGGGGUUAGUCGUCAUGUGGAAUGAAGAUGAUUCCCUCUGGGUGGAGCUGGACUCAAAGUUCCAAAAUCAGACUUGUGGGCUGUGUGGAGACUUCAACGGAGUCCAGAUUUACGACGAGUUUGUUAGGAAUGGUGAUCAUCUGAAGACAAUCGACUAUGGUGAUAUUUGGAAGAUGAAUGGCCCAACCGAGACCUGUACAGAAAUCCCUGGUCAUACUGAGCAGUGUGAAGACCAGACCGAACUUUGUGAGCAGCUUCUCACCAGUCUUGCCUUCAGUAGCUGUAAGGACCUGAUUGCCACAGACUCCUUCAUCAAGGCCUGUGCAGAAGACAUGUGUCACUGUGGCAACAGCAGCAGCAGUGCCACCUGCGCCUGCCCCACCAUGUCCGAGUACUCCCGCCAGUGUGCUCACGCAGGGGGGAAACCCCAAGAGUGGAAGACCGACCAGUUCUGCAUGAAGACGUGUCCUUUAAGCAUGAAGUACCAGGAGUGUGGUAGUCCCUGCACUGAUACCUGCUCCAACCCAAAGAGGAACCAGCAUUGUGAGGAACACUGCACCGACGGAUGCUUCUGCCCUGCUGGAACUGUGUUUGAUGACAUCACUCAUAAAGGCUGUGUAGCUGUGAACCAGUGCUCUUGUCUCCACAACGGACAAUCUUACCAACCUGGACAAUCAUUCUCAAGAACAUGCCAUAAAUGUACCUGUAUCCAAGGCCAGUGGAGUUGUGUGGAUCUAGAUUGCCCAGCUACCUGCUCCAUAGUGGGAGGUUCCCACAUCACCACCUACGAUGGGAAAGCCUACACCUUCCAUGGAGACUGCUCAUAUGUCCUGUCCAAGCAAAUCAACAAGACUGCUUUCACAGUCCUGGGUGACAUAGUGAAAUGUGGGAAGACGGACGUUGAGACCUGCCUAAGAUCUGUAACCCUGGUGACUCCAGAGUCCAUGAUGAUCGUCAUCGAGGCCAGUGGAAAGGUCUUUGUCAACAAGAUGUUUUCUCAGUUGCCGCUUUUCAUGGCGGAUGUAAAGAUCUUUCAGCCCUCUACGUUCUACAUCGUUGUGCAUACCUCUUAUGGGCUCCGACUAGAGGUGCAGAUAACACCUAUAAUGCAGGUCUACAUCGUAGCUAGCAGUUCACACAAAGAAAAAACACAGGGUCUUUGCGGAGACUUUAACAGCGUCCAAGCUGAUGACUUCAGAACCAUCAAUGGACUCGUGGAAGGAACCGCUGAAUCAUUUGCCAACACGUGGAAGAACAAAGCAAGCUGUCCUGAUGUGGCACAGAGCUUUGAGAUCCCAUGCAGUCUGAGUGUAGAGAACGAGAGAUAUGCCAAGCACUGGUGCUCGAUGCUGUCAGAUCGUGCAGGAAUAUUUUCCCAAUGCCACACUGAGAUCAACCCAAAUUCCUACAAGGAAAUCUGCCAAUAUGACAGCUGUAACUGUGAGAGGAGUGAGGAGUGCAUGUGUGCUGCGGUCUCCUCCUACGUCCAUGCAUGUGCUGCUGCAGGCGUCCUGCUCAGUGGAUGGAGAAACACCACCUGUGGGAAGUACUCCUCUAGCUGCCCUGACACGAUGGUCUAUGACUACACCAUGACCAGCUGUGACCGCACCUGUCGUUCACUGAGCCAGCCAGACUUUACCUGCCAGUUAGACCAUGUGUCUGUGGACGGCUGUGGCUGUGCCGAGGGGACCUACCUGAACGACCAGGGAGAGUGUGUCCCUGCCUCACGCUGCUCCUGCUACCAUGGAGGCAAAGUAGUACCCCCUGGAGAGGUCACCAGGAUCUAUGGGGCUUCUUGCUCUUGCAGACAAGGGAAAUUAAGCUGUGCUGGAGAACCAAAACAUUUAUCCUGUGAAAAACCAAUGGGUUUCUUCAACUGUUCAAGUGCAGGGCCCGGAGCCAAGGGCUCAGAGUGUCAGAAGAGCUGUCAAACACUAGACAGUCACUGUAUCAGUGCAGAGUGUGUGUCGGGCUGUGUAUGUCCUGAUGGUCUGCUGUCUGAUGGAAACGGAGGAUGCAUCAAGGAAGACCUAUGUCCCUGUUCUCACAAUGGAGUCUACUACCAACCUGGACAUGUGCUCAAAGUAGACUGCAAUACCUGCACCUGCGAAGGGAGAAAAUGGCAGUGUACCAAUAAGGAGUGUGAUGGGAUGUGUGCCAUAUAUGGAGAUGGGCAUUUCAUCACUUUUGAUGAGAAAAGGUUCACUUUCAAUGGAGAUUGUGAAUACACUCUUACUCAGGACUACUGCAGCAACAAUGCAAACGGUACCUUCAGAGUGAUCACAGAGAACAUUCCCUGUGGAACCACUGGCACCACCUGUUCCAAGGCCAUCAAGCUCUUCUUGGGGAGCAAUGAGAUCAUACUAGCAGAUGAAUCUGUAAAAGUGAUCAAACAAGAGAACGGGGUAGACGUGCCAUACCAGGUCCACUCUAUCGGUCUCUAUGUUGUUGUUGAGGCUGAAAAUGGCCUGAUCCUCAUGUGGGAUAAGAAGAAUAGCCUGUUCAUCAAACUCAGCUCUACCUUCCAGGGCAAAGUGUGUGGUCUGUGUGGAAACUACGACGGUAAUGGAAAGAACGACUUCACGUCCAGAAACCAGGAAGUGGUUGUUGAAGCUCUGGAGUUUGGGAACAGCUGGAAAGUGUCACCCAUUUGCCCCAACGCUGAUGUCAUAACAAACCCAUGCACUUUAAAAUCAUACAGGCAGUCCUGGUCUCUGAAACGCUGCAGCAUUAUCACCAGUAAGGUUUUCUCAGCCUGCCACUCACAGGUGGAUCCCACGCCAUUCCAUGAUGCCUGUGUGAGGGACUCGUGUGCCUGUGACACUGGGGGAGACUGCGAGUGUUUCUGUACAGCUGUAGCAGCCUACGCCCAGGCCUGUAACGAGGCAGGGGCUUGUAUCAAGUGGAGAACACCAGAUAUCUGCCCUCUGUUCUGUGAUUUCUACAACCCUAUUGGUGAGUGUGAGUGGCAUUAUAAUCCGUGUGGAUAUCCCUGUAUGAAGACCUGCAAGAAUCCCUCAGGAACAUGCUCCAGUCAGAUCCCUGCACUGGAAGGUUGCUAUCCAAAAUGUCCUUCGGCCAAGCCUUAUUUGGAAGAAAGUACCAUGAAGUGUGUCAGUAAGGAGUACUGUGGUUGCUACGAUGGAGAUGGAACUCAUUACAACGAGAGAGAGGUUAUACCUUCCAAGGAGAACUGUCAGAAAUGUCUUUGCUCAUCAACUGAGGUCAGAUGCAGCUAUGAUGUCCAAGCUUGCUAUUGUUUAUUCAACGGCAGAACAUACCCGUAUGGAGCGACCAUAUAUCACACAUCUGACGGUGAUGAGACCUGUAUUACUGCCACCUGCAAAGAGAACGGAACAAUUGUCCGGAUUAUGAACCACUGUCCCAACACCACAACUCCAACAACUACACCAAGUGUUACAACAAAACAGAUAUCCACAAAAGCACCGACCACCACAGUAUUUGUUUUCUCAACUCCUACCACUACCCCCACAACAACCCCUACUUCACCAACAAACACUUCACCCACUACUACUCCAUACUGCCUGACCAAGACUGUCUGUGAUUGGUCAGAAUGGAUUGACAGUCACUAUCCUACUACAGAAACAGGAGGAGAUUAUGAAACCAUAGAAAAUAUAAGGAAAAAUAGAACUGAUAUUUGUAGCCAACCUAAGGAAGUAGAAUGCAGAGCCAUAGGCUUCAUCAAUGUUUCUUUGGCCGAUCUAAGUCAAAAUGUUAAAUGCAAUCCCUCAGUUGGACUGAUAUGCCACAACAAGGAUCAAGGCAUCCCACCAAUAUGCUACAACUACGAGAUCAGAGUCAGAUGUUGUGCUGAUGUUUGUACACCAACAACAACUUCUACCACUACCCCAACACCUACCUCUACCCCAACAACAACACGUACCACUACCCAAACAACUACUACAGCCACUACCCCAACAACAACCCCUACUACUACCCCAAAAACUACUACCACUACCCCAACAACUCCUACUACUACCCCAAAAACUACUACAACUCCACCAACAACAACCCCUACUACUACCCCAAAAACUACUACCAAUACCCCAACAACAACCCCUACUACUACCCCAAAAACUACUACCACUACCCCAACAACUCCUACUACUACCCCAAUAACUACAACAACUACCCCAACAUCAAAACGUAUCACUACCCCAACAACUACUACAGCUUCCCCUACAACAUCUCCUACCACUACCCCAACAACUACUACCACUACCCCAACAACUACAACAACCCCCACAAUAACUACUACCACUACCCCAACAACAAAACCUAUCUCUACCCCAUUAACUACUACAGCUACCAAAACAACAUCUCCUACCACUACCCUAACAACUACUACAACUACCCACACAACAACUCCUGCCACUACCCCAAUAUCAAAAAAUACAACUACCCCAACAUCAAAACCAACCACUUCCCCAACAACAUCUCCUACCACUACUCCAACAACUGCUACAACUACCCCAACAACAUCUCCUACGACAACCCCAACAACAACUCCUACUACUACCCCAAAAAUGACUACACCUCCACCAACAACCCCUACUACUACCCCCAAAACUACUACCACUACCCCAACAACAACUCCUACUACUACCCCAAAAACAACUACAACUACCCCAACAACAACUCCUACUACUACCCCAAAAACUACUACCAAUACCCCAACAACAACUCCUACUACUACCCCAAAAACUACUACCAAUACCCCAACAACAACUCCUACUACUACCCCAAAAACUACUACCAAUACCCCAACAACAACUCCUACUACUACCCCAAAAACUACUACAACUACCCCAACAACAACUCCUACUACUACCCCAAAAACUACUACAACUACGCCAACAACAACUCCCACUACUACCCCAAAAAUAACUACAACUACCCCAACAACAACUCCUACUACUACCCCAAAAACUACUACCAAUACCCCAACAACAACUCCUACUACUACCCCAAAAACUACUACAACUACCCCAACAACAACUCCUACUACUACCCCAAAAACUACUACAACUACGCCAACAACAACUCCCACUACUACCCCAAAAAUAACUACAACUACCCAAACAACAACUCCUACUACUACCCCAAAAAUUACAACCACUAACCCAGCAACAACUCCUACUACUACCCCAAAAACUACUACCACUACCCCAACGACAACUCCUACUACUACCCUAAGUACUACUACCACUACCCCAACAACAACUUCUAAUACUAUCCCAAAAAUGACUACCACUACCCCAACAACAACUCCUACAACUACCCCAAAAACUACUACAACUAACCCAACAACAACUCCUUCUCCUACCCCAAAAACGACUACAAAUCCCCCAACAACAAUCCCUACUACUACCCCAACUCCUACCACAACAAUAACUAAAACUCCUACUACGACCCCAAAAACUACUACAACUCCACCAACAACAACCCCUACUACUACCCCAAAAACAACUACCUCUACCCCAACAACAACCCCUACUACUACCCCAACUACUACCACAACAAUAACUACAACUCCAACUACUACCCCAAAAACUACUACCACUAAUCCAUCAACAACUCCUACUACUACCCCAAAAACUAAUACAACUCCAACAACAACAACCCCUACUACUUCCCCAAAAACUGCUACAACUACCCCAACAAUAUCUCCUACUACUACCCCAAAACCUACUACAACUCCACCAACAACUCCUACUACUACCCCAACUACUACCACAACAAUAACUACAACUCCUACUACUACCCCAAAAAAGACUACCACUACCCCAACAACAACUCCUACUACUACCGAAAAAACUACUACAAAUCCACCAACAACUCCUACUACUACCCCAACUACUACCACAACAAUAACUAAAACUCCUACUACUACCCCCAAAACUACUACACCUCCACCAACAACAACCCCUACUACUACCCAAAAAACUACUACAACUCCACCAACAACAACUCCUACUACUACCCCAAAAACUACUACCACUACCCCAACAACAACUCCUACUACUACCCCAAGUACUACUACCACUACCCCAACAACAACUCCUACCACUACCCCAAAAACUACUACAACUCCACCAAAAACAACUCCUACUACUACCCCAACUACUACCACAGGAAUAACUACAACUCCUACUACUACCCCAAAAACUACUACACCUCCACCAACAACAACCCCUAACGACUACCACUACCCUAACAACAACUCCUACUACUACCCCAAACACAACUACCAAUACCCCAACAACAACUCCUACUACUACCACAAAAACUACUACAACUCUACAAACAACAUCCCCUACUACUACCCCAAAAACUACUACCACUACCCCAACAACAACUCCUACCACUACCCCAAAAACUACUACAACUCCACCAACAACAACCCCUACUACUACCCCAACUACUACCACAACAAUAACUACAACUCCUACUACUACCCCAAAAACUAUUACACCUCCACCAACAACAACCCCUACUACUACCCCAAAAACUACUACCACUACCCCAACAAUAACUCCUACUACUACCCCAAAAAUGACUACACCUCAACCAACAACAACCUCUACUAUUACCCCAAAAACUACUACCGCUACCCCAACAACAACUCCUACUACUACCCCAAAGAUGACUACCGCUACCCCAACAACUACUCCUACUACAACUCCAUCAUCAACAACUCCUAUUACUACCCCAAAAAUGACAACCACUACCCCAACAACAGCUCCUACUACUACCCCAAAAACUUCUACCACUACCCCAACAACAACUCCUACUACUACCCCAAAAACUACUACAAUUACCCCAACAGCUACUACCACUACCCCAACAACAACUCUUACCACUACCCCAACUACUACCACAACAACAACUCAGACAAGGACUACCUCUGA